AUGGAGCCGACACUAUAUGAGAUUGUAGUUGCUUUUGAGGAGGCCCUCAACUUUUGGCUUCUCCACCUUUCCGAUGUGAACACAGAAUUUAAAGCCGCCGUGUCUCCAGCUAAGGUCGAUGCACCUUUGGAAGAACUAGUAAAGAUCAGUAAACUCAUAAAGGCACACACAACGAAAGUGGGUAUUUUGUUCGAGCCUUCCUCGUUCAAGAAUGCCGGGUCGGCUGCAGUGAAAACCGUCUCGGAGCUUUCGUCUUCUUUUGUGCUUUACGUAUCUGUAUUGGCACAACUCUCGCCAGCUGCUAUUUCUAGAUUGUUCCAUAGAGAGAUUUUCAGUGUAUCAACAUCACUCAUCACCAACGCCCGUCUGCUUGUCAGCGAAUUGUUGGUUAUAAUCAAGGAGAAUGAGAAUGAAACGGCGACCAGCGACACAACAGGGAAGCCAGAAGACACGCCGUCACUGAACGAUGCGACAGAUCCGAAAGCCACCGUUGAUCCUCGCUUGGUAUCUGUGGGUAAAGUCUGGGCCUCAUGCGAUGAGAUGGUAAAACUAAUAGAGGCAGGUAAUUUGAGGUAUCUCGAGAAACAGACGAAAAUGCAUUUAACUUUGAUCGAUGACGGCCUCGAUGAGUUCUCCGAAUGGGCCGAAAAUCCCGAAGAGUUUGACGAUGAAGAUCCAUUUGGCUUUGAGGACGAAUUCUCUGAUGAAGAGGACGAUGAAUCGCCUCCAGUGGGCGAGGAAGAAUCCGACAGCGAAGAGACAAAUACCUCUUCCCAAGAGAAAGAAAAGCUCAGAAGCUACUGCAAGCUGUGGCUAGAAAAAUUCAAGUUGGUGCGUCUUCUAUUCUUCUCUAUCAACAAGUCUUUGCCGCUGCUUGUCGGAGGUGAAAGUAUUGACGAGAUAUACGCAGCCCAAGAACUGAUUUCCAGGGACAUUGACCAACUCAUAGUGGAUAUAAUGCUAAGUCAGGUCAUUGACCAUGUGGUUGAAAAGCACGCCACCAACAUAGACAAAGGAUGCUACAAGAUCGUGAAGAUAUUGAAGGGUGUUAAUGAGAAGAGUCCUACAAAGGUGAAGUGCGCACUGUGGGAGUCAAAGUUCAAGGAAUUGCUGGACGAGAUGUAUAAUUCCAUUGAAUAA